AAUCACGCAGGGAUGCAGACCAGCGUGAUCUCGAACGACCGCUGGAGGGGCCUGGACCCCCACGAGCGGAUCCUGCCGGAGUUCCUGAACGCGCUGGGCUAUGCGAGCCACGCGGUGGGGAAGUGGCAUCUGGGAUUCUGCCGGCGCGCCUUCGCUCCUACCCGGAGGGGGUUCUCCUCCCAUUUCGGGUACUGGGGUCGCACCAGGACUACUUCAGCCAUCGGCUGGAAGAGAAUAGCAGCACUUUGUUCGACCCAUGAUAACAAUAAUUACUUUGCAUUUUUGCAGAAUAUGACGAUGACGGGAUGGGACAUGAGGGAAGACCUGAAACCAGCCGCUAAUGAAACGGCAGGGAAAUAUUCCAAGACCCUUUUCACCGACAGGGCGGUCGAGAUCAUCCGAGGUCACCGAGGUGAAACCAGGCCAUUAUUCCUCUAUUUCGCCCAUUUGGCACCCCACAUCGGAGGAACAAGUGGGGAACCCUUGCAAGCUCCGGAAGACAUUGUGGCUCAUUUUUCGUACAUCCAGGACCCCAAGCGACGCAUCUACGCAGGGAUGCUGAACCUUUUGGACCAGUCCGUGGGGCGCAUCGUGUCGGCGUUGCAGGAGAACGAGAUGCUGGAGAACUCCGUCCUCGUCUUCACCUCCGACAACGGAGGGGUUGGGGACGUGGAGGGGAGCCGGGGAAACAACUUCCCGCUCAGAGGGAUGAAAGGAACCCUGUUCGAAGCGGGUGUUCGUGCGGUCGGUGCUAUCUGGAGUCCCCUGAUCGAAAAGCCUCAACGGGUGUUCCAGGGACUCAUGCACAUCUCCGACUGGCUCCCUACAAUCUACCACCUGGCAGGAGGGAAUAUGAGUGACUUGCCACCGCAAUUGGAUGGGUUGAACAUGUGGCCCAGUUUGUCGAGGGACGAACCGUCUUUGAGGAAAGAGGUGUUGCUCAACAUCGAUCCAACUACCAGCUCUAAGGCGCUCAUGGCCGGCAUGUACAAGACCGUCUCAGGCACGCGAGCAACUCGAGCCGAUCUGAUAAAUUCGACUCGUCUUGCGUUCAUGCCUCCUGAUUGCAGCAUGCUCUACGUGUGUGUGGUCUUCCUCGCGAUCGCAUCUCUCGUCGAUUCCGCUCGGGUCCAACCGCAUGCCGUGGUCAUCGUCGCGGAUGACUUGGGAUGGAGGGACGUCGGAUUCCACGGAUCGUCUUCGAUCCCCACGCCGAACAUAGACUCACUGGCGUACAGCGGGGUCAUCCUCCACAACUACUACGUCCAACCACUGCACGCCGUCGAGGGCUGCCCUCCUCACGGCCCGAUAACGAGCUACGUGAUCACCAACCCGCGCUGCUGGGGCCUGGACCCCCUCGAGCGGAUCCUGCCUGAAUACCUGAACGCGCUGGGCUACGCGAGCCACGCGGUGGGGAAGUGGCAUCUGGGAUUCUGCCGGCGCGCCUUCGCUCCCACCCGGAGGGGGUUCGCCUCCCAUUUCGGGUACUGGGGGUCGCAUCAGGACUACUUCAGCCAUCAGAUGGAAGAGGAAUGCAGCACUUUGUAUAUGACGAUGACUGGGUGGGACAUGAGGGAAGACCUGAAACCAGUCGCUAAUGAAACGGCAGGGAAAUAUUCCACGACCCUUUUCACCGACAGGGCGGUCGAGAUCAUCCAGGGUCACCGAGGCGAAAGAAGGCCAUUAUUCCUCUAUUUGGCUCAUUUGGCACCCCACGUCGGGGGAACAAGUGGGGAACCCUUGCAAGCCCCGGAAGACAUUGUGGCUCGUUUUUCGUACAUCCAGGACCCCAAGCGACGCAUCUACGCAGGGAUGCUGACCCUUCUGGACCAGUCCGUGGGGCGGAUCGUGUCGGCGUUGCAGGAGAGCGAGAUGCUGGAGAACUCCGUCCUCGUCUUCACCUCCGACAACGGAGGGGUUGGGGACGUGGAGGGGAGCCGGGGAAACAACUUCCCGCUCAGAGGGAUGAAAGGUACGUUGUUCGAAGGUGGAGUUCGAGCUGUCGGUACAAUCUGGAGUCCUCUGAUCGAAAAACCUCAACGAGUGUUCCAGGGACUCAUGCACAUCUCCGACUGGCUUCCAACCAUCUACCAUCUAGCUGGUAAUAACCUCUCCAUACUCUGCCUCAAUCUCAAAAAUUCCAUUGCAAUUCGCUCUUCCACAGGAGGGAAUGUAAGUGACUUGCCGCCGCAACUGGACGGGUUGAACAUGUGGCCCAGUUUGUCGAGGGGCGAACCGUCGUUGAGGGGAGAGGUGUUGCUCAACAUCGAUCCCAUCACUGGCUCCAAGGCACUCAGGGCCGGAAAAUAUAAGAUCAUCACAGGGCCUCGGGUGGUCCGUGACGUGGAGCUGUACGGCUGGUACGGAGACCCAGGAGCCCUGAACCUCAACGAAACCACGCAACCACUCUACGAAGGCACCCUGGAGUACUUGAAAGAGAACGAUUUCACGGGUGCUACGUUGGGCGACCUCGGCUAUCUGCCCUCGGAAGAGAAGCAGGAAAUGUUGCGGAAAGAAGCCGCUGUCACCUGUCUUCGAGAUGAAACGAACCCGACGGCCUGCGACCCUUCUCAGGUCCCCUGCGUCUUCGACCUCAGCGUCGAUCCGUGCGAGCAGAUGAAUCUGGUGGAAUUGUGCCCCAAAGCUGAGAGUGAGAGAAAUGGACAUUUCUGGCCCCCGGAUCUCCUCGGCUUCCUGGAAAGUCGGUUGCUCUCCUAUGAGGAAUCCAAGGUACCGCCUCUCAUCCUCAACGUUUCAGAGGACCCGAAUGCCGAUCCUUCCCUAUGGCAUGGAAUGUGGACCUAUUGGCUCGACAACGACAUUCCAUAAAUUAAAUAGUGUCGUUUACUUAUGAUCCUCCUCUGUGAGAGUAGAUGCACUUAAACAUUUUAGGAAGAGAUGCGCUUAAUUAAAAUUUCUUCUCUC